GAUGUGAAUGAACAGAGCAGUCACAGAAGCAUCGGCUCCAGCCAGUGCAGUCUUGUAUGUGGAUCGUCCAACCUGUGAGAAUAAAAUUCUGCUGAAGGUGGCUAAAGUUCUGCUCCGAAAUGGCAACAAAUCCAUGGAGGCGUAUGCAAUCCUCGAUGAUGGGUCAGAGCGAACUAUUAUUCUACACAAAGCUGUGCAGAGGUUGAAUCUGAAAGGACAGCCAGAGGCCUUGGUUCUCCGUACAGUCAGGCAAGAUACACAGACUCUUCACGGGGCGGCUGUGACCUUUACUGUGUCUUCAGUGGUUAACCCUCGUAAGGCUUUCAGGAUACAGAGCGCAUUCACAGCCAAUAGUCUGGGUCUAGCAGAGCACACGCAUCCCGUCAAGGUACUCCAGAAGAAGUACAAGCACCUUGUAGGCCUGCCACUACAGCACCUUUACAAAGUGAAACCAGUAGUUCUCAUUGGUUCUGACUGCCCUCACCUCAUCACACCCAUAGAACCGGUCAGAUUGGGUCCACCUGGUGGCCCUGCUGCUGUGAGAACACGCCUAGGAGGGACGCUACAGGGCCCAGCACAAGAACUAACCAGCAGACUUUCCCCACAGCAAUGUCUUUUCACCAGCUUAUGGCCCACUAACGACCUUUAUGCAAAUGUCCAUUUUCCACAGUUUCUCCACAUUCUUCCAUAUCGAAACGAGAAGGUACUGACGAGGUCUAAACAGGAUCAAGAGUCCAUCCAACUUCUUCAGGAUAAAACCAGGAGAGUGGAUGUUAACAAAAUCCAGCGCUAUGCGACCCCUCUUCUUCGUGCUAAAGAUAUGCCAGGUCUACAUGCACCCAAAGAAGCUGUCCUGCCACAAUUAAGGGGAAUAGAGUAUCAUUUGAACAAGAAUCCUGAUCAAGCGGCGGCCUACCAAGAGGAGAUAGUCAGGUUACAGCAAGCUGGCUACAUCACGAAACUCACUCCUGAGCAGGUGGACUGUUCCAAAGAGAGCUGGUACAUUCCACAUCAUUUGGUGGAGCAUAAUGAAAAGAAAAGUGUUGUCUUCAACUGCUCAUUUGCUUACCAAGGCCACAACCUGAACGAGUACUUGCUUCCGGGUCCACCACUCAGUUCUUCUCUUCUGUCAGUUCUUCUGCGAUUCAGAGAACAUUCCAUCGCCAUUAGUAGUGACAUUCGUGGGAUGUUCCACCAGGUACGCCUUUUGCCUGAGGACAAACCACUACUGAGAUUCAUUUGGAGAGAUCUGCAGAGAGACAAGGCACCGGACGUGUAUGAAUGGCAAGUACUUCCAUUCGGAACAACGUGCAGUCAAUGCUGCGCCACAUACGCGUUACAGAAGCAUGUCCUGGAUCACAGUGAGUCGGAAGACACACAGUUCUCAGUAGAGAAAUCUUUCUAUGUUGACAACUGCCUUCAGAGCUUCACCUCAAGUGAGACAGCGAAAGAUCUUGUAGACAGACUCCGCAGUCUCUUAAGUUCUGGAGGCUUCGAUCUAAGACAGUGGGCGAGUAAUGAUCCAUCAGUCAUCAGCCACCUGCCAGCUGAUGCUCAAUCUCAAAGCAGCAUCCUGUGGCUCAGCAAAGGUUAUCAAGAUGCACAAGAGUCAACUCUUGGGUUACACUGGCAUUGCUCAUCAGACACUCUCUCCUAUAAGCAGCGGCAGGCAGACCACCCACUUCCAACUAUGCGGAGCAUAUACCAGAUCCUCGCUAGGCAGUAUGACCCCAUAGGCUAUAUUGUGCCAUUCACAACACGGGCCAAGGUGAUCGUACAGAAGUUAUGGGACAAGAAAAGAGAGUGGGAUGAUCCCCGUCUACCAGAGAACCUGUUGAACUUGUGGAAAGCAUGGGAGAGUGAGCUGGAUGGUUUGCAGCACAUUGUUUUGCCGAGGGCUUACUGCAGUAAAGAACUGGAUCAGUCUACCAGUAUGAGGCAGAUCCACAUUUUCUGUGACGCCUCAGAGCGAGCCUACGGUUCCGUGGCCUACUUACGAACUGAAAACCUGGAAGGUAUAGUGGAAGUAGCCUUUGUAACUGGUAGAUCUCGGGUAGCUCCGAAAAAGCAGCAAACAUUCCACGUUUGGAGUUAUGUGCAGCACUCACAGGUGCACAACUCGCAAAAGUGCUGAAGACAGAAUUGACUUUGCCCAUCCACAGUAUUACUCUGUGGUCUGACUCGACAACUGUCCUUACCUGGCUGCUGUCACACUCAUGUCAUUUUAAAGUUUUCGUAGGCACCAGAGUGGCAGAAAUCCAGGAACUCACGGAGUCUGAUAACUGGAAAUACGUGCCAACAAAGGAUAACCCCGCAGAUGACAUCACAAAGGGAAAACUGCUCUGUGACAUAGACAGGAAAGCGGAUAGUAUAAGGGGCCAAAAUUCCUCAGACAGACAACUGACCACUGGCCGGAGAUGCCACCAUUUAAGACCAUUGAUCAGGACAGUGAACUGAGGAAGCCAAUCUUCGUUGGUCUAUCAAUCUCCACUCCACCUACUCCCGAUCCACAGAAAUUCCAUACACUUCCAGAGUUGUUGAAGGCUUACAUCCAGCAUGCCAACGGGGCAGCUACUGAUAUCCCAACAGCAGAUGACUACAAAGAGGCAGAACUUGCAGUACUCCGUCAGAGCCAAACUGACUCCUUUCCAGACGAACUGUCCUUCCUCAGGGCAGAUAAAUCCUUGCCAAAAAAUAGUCGCUUGCUGUGCUUAGCCCCGGAAUUUGAUGAGGACACCAAACUCAUACGUGUUGGCGGUUGUCUCCGUCGGAUCAGCCAGCUAGAGGAAGAUACGAUACAUCCUAUUGUCCUCGACUCGUCUCAUCCAAUUACCAAAUUGGUGAUCAAGGACUAUGAUAAUCGGCUACAUCACCCAGGACCAGAUAGGGUGUUUGCUGAACUUCUGAGGAAAUACUGGGUGAUACGGGGACGGGCUGCAGUCAGAAACCACCAACGACAAUGUGCAGAGUGUCAGAGAUGGCGGGGACAACCACAUCCACCAAAAAUGGCUGACCUCCCACCUGCCAGAUUGAGGAUCCAUCAACCUGUUUUCUACUCAACAGGUGUGGAUUGCUUUGGACCUUACACUAUAAAGGUGGGGCGCAGGAAUGAAAAAAGAUGGGGAAUCAUCUUCAAAUGCAUGACUUCCCGUGCAGUCCACAUUGACAUACUCACCAGCAUCGACACAGAUUCCUUCUUGAUGGCAUUACGAUGAUUUAUCUCCAGACGUGGUAAACCUUUUGAGCUUCUGUCAGACCAAGGCACCAAUUUUAAAGGAGGAGAAAGGGAACUGAAAGAGUCAUACAUCGCCCUUCAUCCUGAGCUUCAAGCUCAACUCGCUAGCCAACAAAUAAGAUUCAUCUUCAAUCCACCCAGUUCACCCCAUUUCGGCGGAUGUUAGGAGAGAGAAAUUCGUUCUCUAAAGGCUGCACUUCACGUCACCAUCGGCAGCCAGACAGUUACAGAAGAAGUGCUGAGAACUGUCUUCAUAGAAAUAUAAGGAAUCCUCAACUCCAAACCCAUUGGCUACACUUCUUCAGACGUCGCUGAUCCAGAUCCAGUAACUCCGAACAUCUUGUUGAUGGGGCGGCGAGAUGCCUCAUUACCGCAAGUGGUAUUCCAAGACUCGGGACUCCUGAGCCGUAAGAGAUGGAGACAUAGCCAGCUUUUGGCUGACCACUUUUGGAGGCACUUUAUUCAGCACUACCUACCCAACCUCCAGAUCAGACAGAAAUGGAAGACUGAAGAAGCUGACCUGCGGGUCGGUGACACAGUCAUGAUUGUGGAUCAACAACUGCCCCGUGCUCUUUGGCCUGUAGGGAGAAUUGUUCAGGUCUUUCCUGGGUUGGAUAAGAGAGUCAGAUCCGCGGAAAUACGGGUUGACAGCAAAACUUACAUCCGACCUGUAGCCAAAAUUAUUUGCCUGCCCUCUCUUCCCGGCUAGCUUUAAAUUUAAUGUAGCAAAGACACUUAAAAUUGGCAAAUUCACACUGAAUUUGGGGGCGGCUGUAAAAAGUGCUCCCCGUUUGGCACAUGGACUCUCCCAGCUACCCCUGUUAUUCAGCGAGAAAUGGACUAUUCCAAAACUGUCCACUGGAGUUUUUGCGAAGUGACAGGAAGAGAGUUAGACGGGUGAUAAAUGGAAAAGGAGAUCGGCUGAAUAUUGUAUAUAGUUUGUAGAGUGAAAUAUAGUGUAUUAGCCCAAAUCGGAGGAGUUUAUCGAUUGUGCGUGUGCGUGCAUCACACUAAUAACAGACUUGAGAGCAAACAACAUCAAGCCUGACUUCCUGAAAAGCAGAUACUACUUCUCCAAACAGGAGUAGGAAAACAAGGGUCGUCAUACAUCUCCCAGACACAUGGAGACCUCCUGCAGUAGGCCACAUAAUGUCCAAGAGCAUCCUGGGUCUUCUUGUCAAUAACUAGAGCUUCCUGGGUUAAGCCUCCUUUGAAAGCAGUGAUUGCCCUUAAAGUAAAUCUCUCUCCUUGUAGCAUCAGAUUGGAGGGAAAUUCACACAAAGGAAAUUCUGUGGAGUUGUUUCCCAGGUCAGUGUCAAUCCACAGAACUUCUCCCGGACUGUAACUUUGAGAAACUUUCCCUGCACAGAGCCCUUUUCCUGAGGUAUCUGUCUUGAAUGCAGAGGGACACUGUGAGGGACUUUGUAUUGGCCUGAGGCAGGGGGACUCCGGAAGGGUAAGGCCUUCUUCCACUGCGGUCUGAAGAUGAGCCAUGCCUGAAGUACAGCAACAGAAGUACAAAUAAAUGGAACUUCCCGGGUGACUUGUGUGCUGAGACCACAAUACUGUGAGGAGCACUGUUUUGGGAAGGAAACACAUGCACAUUUUGUCUUUGACUUUUCAAUGAUCAUGGAGAUGUGGCACGCUGCAUCGAUUUGGAGAGCACCAGUCUUCAAUCGGACAGCUUCAAAUAUUUCACAGAGCAGCUCUGCCCUCUGUGUUUAAGCCUGUGCAUUCAGACCCUUUGUGGUGAUGGAUUUCACUAGCUUGAGGAGGUUGUUGGAUGGUUGGUUUUGGGUGGAACUGCUAGGCCUCUCCAGUUUUCAACCGCAUCUUCAUCUGUUGGAUGGAUGUUUGUGACAUUGUCAGAUUUCCCAGAACAGGAAGCAUCCAUUUCUGGUUUCCCAUCUACACUGCAAGUUGUG